CUUAACCACUGACACAUUUCACCUCCUAACCAUUCACCCUGGACUGCCUCUGCUCUCCAUCCACUAUCUUUAGCUCCACAGACAUACAGUCUCAUCUGCCGCAGUUGCCGUUAACCAGCUUACCUGACCCAGCUCUACAACAGACAGGACAGGACUAUCUGAGGAGGAUGAGCAACAUGGCCACGGAGAUCGUUGCCUUCAUCGUGACCAUAUCUGGAUGGAUCCUGGUCUGCUCCACGUUGCCUACUGACUACUGGAAGGUGUCCUCCGUGGAUGGGACGGUCAUCACCACGGCGACCUUCUGGUCCAACCUGUGGAAGACCUGCGUCACGGAUUCUACAGGAGUGUCCAACUGUAAAGAUUUCCCCUCCAUGCUGGCUCUGGACGCGUAUAUCCAGGUGUGUCGGGGCCUGAUGAUUGCGUCUGUGUGCCUGGGGUUCUUUGGAGCCACCCUGGCCCUGAUGGGAAUGAAGUGUACCAGGAUCGGAGGCUCAGAGAGCACCAAGGCCAGACUAGCAGGCCUCGCAGGCCUUCACUUCAUACUCAAUGGGCUUUGCUCCUUGACUGCAUGCUCCCUGUACGCACACAGGAUCACGUCAGAGUUCUUUGACCCACUCUUUUUUGCUCAAAAGUUUGAACUGGGCGCAGCGCUCUUCAUUGGCUGGGCUGGCUCUGUGCUCUGCAUUUCAGGAGGACUCAUAUUCUGCCUCUCCUUGUCAGAGGGCUUCAGUCGAGCAGAGUACUCCUACAGUGGUGCUACGUCAAUGGUAACCAAGCGUCACAAACCCGGCAAGUCUGCCAACGGUUUCUACAAAUCGCCAGUUCCCACAGACCCCCGAGACCCAGCAGAACACUCAAGGCAGUUUGGAAAGAAUGCCUAUGUGUGACAACGGACGGACCACUGGCAUUGGCAUAUGGUCAUAUGAGGUGACCGUGGACUAUUGCAUAUGAGGUGACCUUGGGCUAAGCUUGUUGAGGUCCCCUUUUCAUACCUCUUCAACCAGAACCCCAAUUGCUUAUUGAGACGGAUUCCUGUGUGAUUACAUUACCUAAGGGUGUGAUGCAUGCUACCUGCUUUUAUUUUCCAUACUAGCGCACUUCUUUCCAAUGCACUGUACAUAGAACAUUGUUUUUGAUGUCUUCUCUGCCAAAGGAGACUCCUUACUGUCCCUGUGCCUCUGCUGUAUAACUGACUCGAACGACGUCACCCCCUGUGGCACAAACAAUGCUGGUGGAAAUAACCCUUGAAAUCAGCAAGAGGAAAUAGAUUGUUGGCUCCUCUCUAAAACCACAUUAGGUAAUAGGUCUCUUCUGUCAACGGGCGAUAAACUAAAUAAAUCAGAUAAGCUUGUUUUCUUCACAGGGCAGGAGAUUCGGUUUGGCUAGGAUCACACUAUGAGCUCCUGGGUCACCUUGAAGGGACAAACGGACUGGUGCUCUUCCAAAUCCAUUGUUGUUCAUUAGAUAUGCCUCAAGAACAAAUAUCAGGAAUAUGUGUCCGUUUGAGGUCAUCUAAAGACAUUACUCGAUUGGUUCAUUCCUGUACAUCUCCCAAUAUGUUGUAAACAGUGGCAAUGUCAAUAAAUGUUGUUUUUUUUGCAUACAAUAAGGAAUUCAGUGAUCAUUUUCUCUGAAUGAUCCGAUGAAAUUAAUGAAUUAAGGAUAAAGAAAAGGGCGAUUGAAUAAGUGGACUUUUUAAUUUGAGGGUUUAUCACUUUGACAUGGACCUCUGUAUGAGUGUCUCAUGACAACUACCUCUGGAACUCAACUGUGGAGCCAGUGCCUGUCUGCCAUAUGCUGUCACUCUUUAGCAGACCACAAGCGAAGCCUAGAUGAAGGAAGAGUCAAUAGAGAGCAUUGUGCGCUCUCAAGAACUGUCAAGUUCUUGUAUUUUUGCAAUAUACCUCACACUGAAAGAUGGCCCCCUACCAGCCACCACAGACAGAAAGGGGCUUCCGUUGCCUCGACUGAUCACAGAGUUACCAAUCAACAGCAGUCCUGCCCCAGUUGAUCUUUGUUCGGACUCGGAUAUGGGAAUCGGAAGUUUCCCCCCGCCGCCUGCCAUCUAUCUCCACCUUCUGAUCAAUGGAAACCUUAACCCUGUUACGCGAAUCCUCUUGGCCCUCCGAGCCGGGGGACUCUCACCAGCUGGCAUGGAGCUACAGCUGGCAGCCGCCCCGUGCUCCCUGCUCCAGUCCUGUGUAUCCGUAAACAAGUGUCAGGUGUCCCGCAGCUCUGGUUGGUCAGAGGACCUACUCUGACUACGCUACUAUGUUUG